AUGAGCCUCUGUCUGCCUCUUCGGGGAGGCAAAUCCACCACCCUCAACAGCGUAUACAUCCCGCCGAUGACCAGCCCUGACGAGGCAAGAAACAAAUCCAACGAGGGCCUUCAGGCACUCCCGGCGUCUGCGCCGAAGCCGGGCGACCUGUCUAAAUCAGUAAGAGCACACCUACUGAUAACAAGUCCCCUAGACAAGGAAAGCCCACCUACUGAUAACAAGUACCUACGUCGACAGUAUCACCGUAUGAUGUCUGGCUAACAACUGCGAUCUUACCAAGUUAAUUGUUCUUGGUGACUUCAACUCCCGCGUCUGCACAGACAAUGAUGCCUGGAGAGGAGUGCUAGGUCCCCAUGGUCUCAGUGGCUUCAACGACAAUGGCUUGCUCCACCCAGAAAGCUGCGCAGAACACCGGAUCACCCUGAUCAACACAUUCUUCUGUCCCCCGAUGCGAGAGAGGGCCACCUGGAUGCACCCUCGGUCGCGACACCGGCACCGGAUGGACAAUGUCCUCGUCCGGAGACGAGAACAGCGGGGCUUAUUGGUGACAAGGGCGAUUCCGGGUGCUGACGGGUGGACCGACCAUCGGCUCGUCAUCUCUGAGAUGUGGAUCCGUCUACAGCCUCGCAGGAGACCUCAACGUAAGCCACCCGCAGGUAAACUGAAUAUUGCUGUUGUCUUUGCCGGCUAACAAUCUCCACUUCAGCAAUGAGCUAGCUCAGCGCCUAGCCAAUCUUCCAGUCGCCGCCGCCGCCGCCGCCGCCGCCGCCGCCGCCGCCGCCGCCGCCGCCAUCGCCACUACCACCACCCCCACCACCGAGGAGAAAACUUCCGUAGAGUACCGAUGGUGCCAACUGCGGGACACAGUCUUAUCAACGGCCCUGGCUGUCCUCGGUCGUGCACGUCGCCAACACGAGGACUACUUCAAUGAAAACGACGCCGUCAUCAGCAACCUACUCGUCGAGAAGUACCGUCUGCACAAAGCCUACGUCAACCGCCCCAACGACGAAAACAAAGCAGCCUACUACCGUAGUCGUCGCCUCGCUCAACAGUGA